AUGAGCACAGUGUCUCGGCAUUUACGUGAAAAAUGUAUUGGAGGACUGGCAAUUUCCACAGAAAUAUCCGAGUACUCAUCCGACAGUGACAGCGUGGGCGGAGGCGAGGCGACCCUGGCUCCCACCACUCCAGGCUGCAGGAGGGGAUUGCAGCCAGGGUCAGGAGGGGACACGGGGGGUGUCACAGCACGAGCGGCCAGCGAGUGGCUGAGGUCAGCCCAGGCCCUUCUGCGCACCCCGGGCAAGCAGCCGGGACGGGCCCCCAGAGCCCCCGCCGAGUCUGCCAAGAAGAGGAAGCUGCUGAGGGGCGGGCUAGCUGAGAGGUUAUGUCGGCUCCAGAACAGAGAGAGAUCUGCCAUUAGCUUUUGGAGGCAUCAGUGUACUUCAGAUGAUAAAAUCCCCUCAGAUAAAUCUGGUGUUUUAAUUGUGAAGAUCUUAGAAAUAUUUGAGGAGUGCACAAUACAAGUUGCCAUCUGCCAGCAGCUGGAACAGUCUCCUGCUACACUUUCACCCGAGGAUGCUGUCAUCAAUGCAGAGGAACCAAUACUCAAAGUCCUCUUCACAAGAGAGACAGCAGCCCACCUGAAGAGCAGACCACAGGAUGUCAUCCACAUCUAUCCCCCAUGGCAAAAACUGCUUCUCCAAAAUGCAGAUGUUCCUGUUAUCAUGAACACCUACUUUAGUCAGAAGGUGCUACUCAGUGAGCAUUCAGAAGCCAGAGAGAAGACAUAUGGUCCUACAAAGAUGCUUAUCAGGAAGAAUAUUAUAUCUUUGGCUCAGACCUUCAGACUUGAUGACCUUGAUAAGUUACAUCAGGAAUCUUCAGAUAAUCAGGUUGCUGGUGCUCCACAGACCCACAAGAGCAGUGAUUCAAAAGGGCAUCCCUUAGCACUGAGUGCUGUGAAUGAUUCUCUGCUCGAGAUGGUGGAGAGCCAGGGAGCAGUGGGAUGGAGAGAAGUGCAGGUACGAGUUGUUAUCCAGAGGGUGUACUGCUUGCCUGCAAGGGAAGGGUGCAGAAGCCACACUCAAGGAAACAAACCUCUGUGUACAGCACCCAUCACAAGUUCAGAUCCACCAAAUGUUAGGUGAGUAAUAAGAUGCACGGGAAUUUUUUUUGGUGAG